GUGUUGAUUAGUGAGGAUGACGUCACUGAAACUGCUCAAGAUCUUCAAGCCGUUCCAGAUCCCGGCUACCAUCACGAGGUAAAUGUUAUUAUUGUCUUCCUUGAACAUUGCAUGUCAUUCUGGUAAAUCUUCAGUGACAUCUAAAGAAAAGCAAUAUUGAUUAAACAACAUGAUGUUAAUGGACUUUAUAUCAAGACAGUACACCUAGCUGCAAGAAAAUAUUUGGGCGCAAAAUAAGCUUAAACUAAACGAUGAUUUUGUGUUCAAUAGACUUGUAGCACUCAAUCCCUAAUUUACCCAUCUGUCUAGGCGUACUUCAAUUCUAUUUUAAAAUAUUGCUCCCAUAGUAAAAGGAGCAUUAGAAUCACAUGUUCCUCGAAACAUUUAAGGUCAUUAAAAAUAAGGACCAAGUCGAAAAAGCACUCAACUGAGGAGGUAACAAGGUUACAAGUUAGGUGUUCCUUUCAACAAAUGACGAAAGAAUUUCCGUUAAGCUGCGUAGCACUUUAGAAAAGAGAAGUAACAAAAAUGUUCAUUAAAAAUAAAGAAAUCAUGAACAAAAGUGCCGUGUUUAGGUUGAAAUUCUCCUUUCCACACGUUUCGGGUCUGGCCCUUCAUCAGUGGAAAUACCAGUUCCACUAGGUGUUCUUUUGCAACGUUAGAACCGACCAAGAAGAGUUUGCUCAUUCAACGCUGAAAUUAUCAAAUUAACAACAGUUUAGGCGUAACAGGCUGUCGAAUUACUAAACAUAUAUUACGCCAAGUCAUGCGACGUAAUCAUGCCCAUCCUGAAUGCUUCUGAGUCAAUCAGGAGCAGCAACGUUGUGAUACACUGAACAUUGUGAUUUAUUUUCCCUUAGGAACAAUACAGUGAUGGAGGGCGUUUGGUCCGACAAUGCACGGACCUCGGUGGUAGACAUAACCCUGUUUGGUAAGAAAGUUCGAAAUGGAGACAAAGGAAGAUUGUUCCUAAACCUUGGUCAUGUUUAAAUACUAACUGCUUUUGAAUUUCUUUUCUUCUAGCGGUACAGCAUGUCUACAAGUCCCUACUGGGCCGGGGGUAAGAGUACCAAAGCUAACCCAUUAA